AUGACAUACGGUGCUGCUGUCAGUGACGUCAGUGGAGAUGGACAUUUGGACAUUAUUGUGGCAAGCUUUAGCAGUUCUAACAUCGUCCUGUCAUACGACAACAAAAGUCGCGCCUUAAAAAACAUUGCCGUGACUGGCACUCCGUUCGAAGCUCUCAUGGACUCUGAGGGUCGGGCAGUGGGCGUCGCUGCGUGUGACAUUGAUGGCGACGGACGAGAAGAAAUUUAUAUUCUUAAUUCUAAUGCUGAUAUCAACUGGCGGGAAAAGCACAGCGACAAAGUAUUCAAGUAUGUAGAAAACAGGUAUGUGGAUCUGUUGUCAGAUUCCGUUAAUGCUUGGAUACAGGAAGUGACGUAUAUGGGUCACUCUGUUACGUGUAUCGAUAGACAAGGUAAAGGUCGUUAUGCUUUUGCUGUGAUGACCUCCUCACAAAGCGGGGAUGAGCGAUUCCUUCUUUUAGAAAUGGACACAUCCCAUCCAGCCAAUAACAUCACUAGCGGGCCAAUCGUCUUAAAAGACGUUGCAAAGGAAGCCGGUUUGGACAUUGUGACGGGUGGAAGAGGUUUUGCAAUUGGACCAAUUCUGGGAACAGAUGGACGAUCGGACAUUUUCGUAAAUAUUAAUGGUGAGCGGAAUGAAAUAGGUGAAAACAAACUUUUUAUGAACAUUGGAGGUGGCAAGUUUAGAAAUGUAGCCCGACAAUUAGGUUUGACAGACAGACAUCAAAAGGGGCGUGACGUUGCCUUAGGGGAUAUUAAUCAAGAUGGUCUUGUAGAUAUUAUUGCCGGGAAUUGGUUAGGACCGCAAAGAUUGUUCAUUCAGCAGAUUUCAUCCUAUAGCAAAAAUGUUAAAUUUAUCGAUAUGGCCCAUUUAAAUAUGCGACAGGGUUCCGCCCUAUGUUCUAUAGCGCUAGCGGACUUCAAUAACGACGGUUACACUGAAAUAAUGUUCAACAACGUUAUGCAUCAUGGAGCCCAACCAAAUAGGCUUUUCACAGUAAACACAACAAAACUCUCAACGGGGCAUGAUUUUGAAAUAACAGAGGUUAGUAUUGGGGAUGCUCUCGAGCCAAGAGCUUAUAGUACCGGAAGUCUCGUUACUGAUAUCGACAUGGACGGUGUCCUUGACCUUCUUAUAACUCAUGGUGAGUCUUCCGGUCAAACUAUUACAUUAUAUUCCACAGCGUCUGCAAUCGAAACAAUGACUAAUUUUACAUUUCAACGUUCACAUAUAGCUCGAAAUAAAACUUUUGUUACUAAUUUGACUCGAAACAUACUUCGUAAUAAAUCCUUAAGUAUCUCCAGAUUUGAAAAUUACUGGGUAAGAAUAAUUCCUAAAACCCGAUACGCAGCACCAGCAAGAGGGUCAAAGGUCACCUUGGUGUUGGCCGGAGGUGAAAUGAUGACCCAGAUCAUUGACGGAGGGUCCGGAUAUCGAGGUCGCAUUGAACCAGUGGCUCAUUUCGGAAUCGGGAGAAAUCCGAAUGUGCUAUUGUUGGAAGUGCAGUGGCCUGACGGGAAGAUUUAUCAGCGGGAAAUGGGGGUGGGAGAUUUAAACAGUGUUCUUGAAAUUCGUUGGUCUCACCUUUACAAAUAUAAGAGUAUAUUUGAAAACAAACACGUGGACAAACAACUUCGGAGAAGGAGUAGAAGUGCAUGCGUAUACCCUAGUAAUGUGUUUGUGAUACUGCUGUGCUGUUUGUGUAUUGUCUUGUGGUGCUCUCAGUUCGUGUAA